CUGGGUCACCCAACCCUGCCCAGCCCCUGCCGCCGCUGCUUUGUUCCAUAUUUAGUUCCUGACAACUGUGCCUGGGGCAGGAACUCCCAGCUCUGUUCUCCCUCCUCCCUCGGCUCCCAGAGCUCUCAGAAAUUGCUCUUUCUCUCUCCCAGUGGCCACAGCUUGGUGCCAGUGUCCUGGGGAAGAUGGCAGAGAAGCAGGAGGAGCCCAGCAAUGCCCAGAACGGGGAACCCGACAACGCCGAGGAGGGCGAGGGGAAGAAGAAGAAGGUGAAGAGGGAGGACCUGCCACCCUUUGAGAUUGUCACAGGGGAACGCCUCCCAGCCAUCUUCUUCAAAUUCCAGUUCAGGAACGUGGAGUACAGCUCGGGCAGGAACAAAACCUUCCUGUGCUACGUGGUGGAGACGCAGGGCAAGGAGCCGGUGACCAGCCGGGGGUACCUGGAGGACGAGCACGCGGCCGCCCACGCCGAGAUGGCUUUCUUCAACACCAUCCUGCCCACGUGCCAGGCCGGUGCCCGCCACGAUGUCACCUGGUACGUGUCCUCCAGCCCCUGUGUCACCUGCGCCCAGAGGAUCUGCGAGGCCCUGCGCAAGAACAAGGGGCUGCGCCUCACCAUCAUGGUGGGCAGGCUCUUCAUGUGGGAGGAGCCCGAGAUGCAGGCGGCCCUCAGGAGCAUGAAGGAGGCCGGCUGCAAGCUGAGGAUUAUGAAGCCUCAAGACUUUGAGUAUGUCUGGAAGAACUUUGUGGAGCAGGAGGAAGGGGAGGAGGCCAAGUCCUUUGUGCCCUGGGAGGAUAUUCAGGAGAAUUUUCAGUACUAUGAGGAGAAGCUGGCGGAGAUCUUGCACUGAGGCUCAGGAUCAGAAAGGAUCCAUGAAGAGCUGUGACAGACCUGGACACCUGGGACAGUCUUGCUUCCCAAAGCUUUGAUUCCAGCAGGAUGGAGAACCAGCCUCUGGGAGACAAGGCCCUGUGGGACUCCAAACACACACACACACAACACAGACCUCUGGUGUUUGGGAUUUUUUGGGUGUUUUUUGUUCCUCCCCCUCCCUCCCCCAACCAAACCCAUGCUGUGGUGAAAGGGAUGGCAGCGAUCCACAGGCAGGCUGUGGGAUCACACUCUGGGAAUAUUUCAUGGGAAGAGACCUUAGAACAAAGCUGCUGGUUAGAUAAAUGCAUUAGAAAGGGGAAAAGAAAUGGAUUUAAAGGUGAAAAAGAAGUUUUCUCCCUCUGUUCUCCUCAAUAGUCAGAGCUGUGAUUUAAUUCAGGGCCGACAGCUCUCUUCCAAAUCAUGAUGGAGCCCAAGAACUGGACAUCAAACAAUGUUGUUUGGGAAAUAAACCUGGGAAAAGCAGAGUGAAAUAAAAUGGGAAGCCACUGCAAAAGCCAAAA